AUGGCGACACGAAUUCCAUUCGACGAGUCCGUUUGGCAGGAAUAUCUUGCGGGACAGGAAUCUCAGCUGCCGCCGCUCCGUGACGUCCAACAUGUGACGGAUCGGGUGGUGCGUAUCAUGGGCGGAAAUCCGGGCAUGAUGCAACUACAGGGGACAAACACGUACCUCGUAGGGACCGGGAGGUCGCGAAUUCUCAUUGACACCGGCGAGGGACUGCCGUGCUGGAUCGAACGCGUCGUCCGGGUCCUUCAAGACGCGCGGCUGGACCUCGCCUUCAUCCUCCUCACUCACUGGCACGGAGACCACACUGGCGGUGUCCCAGACCUCGUGGCCUACGACGCCAACUUGGCCGACAGAAUCUACAAGCAUCAGCCCGAUCGCGGCCAGCAUCCCAUCGCGGACGGGCAGAUGUUCUCGGUCGACGGCGCCACCAUCCGCGCCGUCUUCACGCCCGGCCAUGCCAUCGACCACAUGUGUUUUGUGCUGGAGGAGGAAAACGCCCUCUUCACGGGGGACAAUGUCCUCGGGCACGGAUUCUCCGUGGUGAUGGAUCUGGCCGUCUACAUGAGAAGCCUGGACCGCAUGGCCGCGCAGAACUGCGCAUCUGGCUAUCCUGCUCAUGGCGCCGACAUCGUCGACUUGCCGGCGAGGAUACACCAGUACGUCCACCACAACGAGUUCCGCAUUCAGCAGGUCGUCUCGGCUCUGUCUUGGCAUUGCGCAAAAGGUGCCAAGGGGGGGAUGACGCUGCAGGAAAUCGUACAGUCAAUCUAUGGCAAUGUGCCGAAGGAGAUUGUGGACAAUGCCCUGGUCCCCUUCUUGUCGCAGGUUCUGUGGAAGUUGGCCGAAGACCGGAAAGUUGGUUUCUGUCCUGGUGAGCCCAAGAAGAGGAGGUGGUUUGGGCUGGCGGCGGCUCAUUGA